AACGUUGCUUCAGGCGGACGCGUCUCUGUCGGUUCGUUCCAUUGGCGGACGCCUAUAAGAAGAGAGCCAUAAAUUAUUGCAAAAAGGCAAUAACGAGACACGAAGCGAGUUAUGAAAUUGAUACUGAGUCGUUGCCAGUCGCCAUAUGAUUGAAAUGCGCGGAAGUUUCCACUUGUCGUUUUCAAUUAGACAAGUGUACAACAGCCAAGUUAAGAGCGCCAACAACACCAGCAACAACAAGAGAAUCGGCAUUAAGCACGGACCGCACUACAAAGCCAACUGCCAGCAGACAACAUAGCCACAGUCGGGCCACAGCCAACGUUGCGGCAACGUUGUCCAAAACACGAAGGCAGCUGGCACUAAGGAUAAACCAGACAACAGCAGCACACUGAUAACAACAAUAACAACAAUAGCAACAACAACAACAACAACAAUAAUAAUAAUAAUAAUAAUAGCAACAACRACAAGUGCACAACAAAAUGACUCUGGAGCAGGAACAGCUGAUGCCGCCGCCCUAUGAAACCGGCAAGGGCAUCAUCUGCAAGGAUCUCGACAAAAGCAACCUGCAAGCCACAACGAACAACAACAACAGCAAGGACGGCGACAAGGACAACGACAGCGACAAACACAGCAAUAGCAAACAGAGCAAAUCGCGUAAGCGUAAAGAGAGCAGCCUGCCCCUAGGGGAACGCCACUUGGCCGUCCUGCGGCAGGAGCUGAUGGUCUUCCUGGGCAACAGCGGCGUACUCGGCUCCGGCAUGGUUGUCAGUAUGCCCAGCGUUACGCUCAAUCAGCUGACGGAUGAAACGCAACCAUUCUGGCUGAACAAGGACGAGGCCAGCUGGUUUGCCUCCAUCAACAACAUGACCUGUCCCCUGGGUGGCCUGAUGGUCAGCUACUUUCUAGACCGCAUCGGACGCAAGUAUACGAUUCUGCUGACAAAUGUGAUCGGUCUGAUUGGCUGGCUGUUGCUGGCGACAAGUUUCCUGCACACGAAUCGGGAUAUCAUUUACGCCCAGAUACUGGUGGGGCGUGCCUUUGGCGGCAUGAUGAUUGGUAUGUUUGUGUCGCCGGUGGGCGUCUACUCGGCCGAGAUCAGUUUGCCGCGCAUCCGAGGCCGUCUGAUCCUGGGCACCUCAAUUGGCCUGGCAUCGGGCAUAUUGCUGAUGUAUCUGCUGGGCUAUUUCAUACGGCAUAAUGUGGUGCUCAUUGCCAGCAUCAGCUGCGGCUAUCAGCUGGCCGCCACGCUGCUGGUGAUGCCAAUGCCGGAAUCGCCUAGCUGGCUGCUGCAGAAGGGUCGCAUCGAGCUGGCGCGUCGAUCGCUGCGCUAUUUCCGCGGACUGCACCGCCGAGAUGACGACUGCGUGCCGGAGUUUGAGGCGGAGCUGACACAGAUGAAAAUGACGGCGGACAACAGCCGUGACACGGCAGCCAGCGAAUCCAUGAGCCAGGCCAUUCGCCGUCCGGAGGUCUAUAAGCCUCUGCUUAUGAUGAUCGGCUUCUUUGGGUUCCAGCAGGCCUGCGGCGUUGUGGUCAUCAUAGUGUAUGCGGUGCAGAUCGCCCAGCGAGCCGGCGUUACCAUCGAUCCAGUGCUGGUGGCUGUCAUGCUGGGCGUGGCACGCAUCAUAACCACCUUCUUUAUGAGCACCAUCUUCGAGAAGUGGGGCAGACGGGCGGCGGGCAUCUUCUCGGCCUCCGGCAUGGGCAUUUGCAUGCUCUUCUUAGCCACCGGCGGCUGGUGUCCCAGCACAGUGGGCACCUGGUCCUGGCUGCCAGUUGUCUGCAUUGUGGCGCACAUUGUGUUCUCGACAAUGGGCAUGCUGACGCUGCCCUUCAUCAUGAUAUCGGAGGUAUUUCCGCAGAGUGUGCGCGGCAGUGCGUCCGGCAUUUCCGUCUUCUUUGGCAUGAUCCUGGCCUUCAUCUGCCUGAAGAUCUAUCCGAAUAUGGAGGCGCUGCUCGGCACAUCGAAUCUGUUUGCCUUCUAUGCGGCUGUAUCGUUCCUGGCCGCCGUCUUCAUCUACAUCUGUGUGCCAGAGACGCGCGGGCGCACCCUCAUCGAAAUCGAGGAGCAUUGGCGCAUGGGUCGACGCGGCAGACGGGCGCAGCGAGCCUCAGCGGCGGCCGUUAGCAAUCUGAAGGACGUGGAGCUGCACGAGGUCUUCCUGAAGAAGUGAGUGGAGUCAGCUCGUGACAAUGCAAUCUGUGAUGUGUUAAGUACUUAGCCUUAGCCAAAUGGAAUGCGGCAUUUUCAAUGGCGAACAGCAACAACAAAUAACAAUAAAGCAAACAAAAGUUA